AUGACCUCCAAGGCUGAGGACAUCUUGGAUGGGAUGGAGGAGGAUGACGACGAGCUUACUAUGCCGGAUGAGGGAUUGAGUGAUAUUCGCAUCACGACCGUACGAUGACCCCCGGCCUCUGACCUCUUUUUUUUGCAUCGCUAGAGCUUUGAAUUACAGCUCCCAGGAGAAGAGGAAGGUUCCGCUUCAUUUGAGAUUAUCGGUGAAGACCAUACUCUCGGGAAUGCGCUACGAUACAUCAUCAUGAAAAAGUGGGUCAGGAACUUUGGUUUUUGGGUCCCGGAGUGAGUGUUAACUCAUCAAUUGAAUAGCCCUGAGGUCGAGUUCUGUGGAUACUCAAUCCCACAUCCUUCUGAGGACAAGAUGAAUAUCCGUAUACAAAUCUAUCGUAUGCCCUGCCCUCGGGAUCAUAUCGCAAGAAGCCUGUUGACAAUCUACUAUAGCCGAGUAUUGGGAACAGACCAGACCCUACGAUGCAUUGAUGAAGGGGUUAGACGACCUCGGUGACCUCUGCGACCAUAUCACGCAUGCGUUCAAAGAGGCUAGGGAUAAAUUUGUAGAGCUCGGGGACGGUAGUGAGCAAGGAUGACACGGUGUGCCUAUUUUGAUGAAAAAAGGUCACUUGUAUAGUUCCGCAGCGCACUGGUUUAAUAAGUUAUACUUUUUGUUUUUGUGUUUUCUUCCCUUUAUAAGUUAUUUUUUCACGUUGUA